AUGGAUGAAAAUGUUAGAGACGAAAUUGGCUACUUGAAAACUCGCCGACAUGAUUCUGCCAAAGAUAAAGGAUGGAAACAACGGACACCUGGCAAGUAUUCAGGUGAAAAAGAUUGCAACAGAAAUGGAAACCAGUAUUCCAAGAAGUCUGCAAGGUGGGAAAACAACAGCAGAGAGAGAACCCCACGGAAAAGUUCAAAAAUAGUAGACGAUGAAGGGCCAUUAAAGGAAGAAUUCAGCAACGGUAAAACCCAUCCAAGAGACUUCCCUUUAGGGAAACGCUUGAAGCGCCACAGUGUUCAUACAGAUAUCAGUGACAGAAAACACCAUGGUGAGUUCAACGAUUACACACCUUACAAAAGUCGAAGAAUUUCUGAUGAUGGAAGCCGAUCCACAUACAACCCUGAACAUUCUUACAAAAGUUCUCUCUCUACACGAAAUGUCCCAUCAGAAAGAUACUCCAGAAACUGUGAAUCUCCACUUUCUUCUAGACCAUCUUACGACAGGCAUAAUAAUAGUCCACGUCAUCCUGAGCGGUCCCCACGUCAGCAUGACCGUCCACGUCAGCAUGACCGGAGCCCGGCCCGCCGCGAUAGGUCUCCCUAUGGGCGAAAUCGUCAUUAUGAUCACAGAAACCGAAGCCCGAGUUAUUCCGAACGCGAAACUGCUCGAAAAACGGGUUCAAGCGAAAAAAGGAAGAAUCAUUAUGAGAGUAGAAGCCAAGAAGAGAAAGUGAAUUCAAGGGAGCCACAGAUCUUGUCUAAAGAUUCUGAAACAAGAACCACUCUGGAUGCUUCUGAUGAGAAAAAUGCUCGUCCAACAUUACAAAAGGAAGACUUGAAGCAACCCCAGGAGGUCAAUGGAGCUGGUGAAGAACAGAUUUCCAUGGAAGAAGACAUGGAUAUAUGUGAUACCCCACCACAUGUUCCUGAAGCAGAUGCAUCAGUUUCAAUUUCAACAACGGGAAAAUGGUGCUACUUGGAUUAUCAUGGUGUAGAACAGGGGCCAUCUAGACUAAGUGACCUAAAGAUUCUUGUAAAAGAAGGCUUUCUUGUUUCAGAUCACUUGGUCAAACAUGUGGAUAGUCAAAGAUGGGUAACUGUUGAAAAUGCAGUUUCACCAGUAGCAACAGCAAAUUUUUCUUCCAGUUUUCUUGAUUCUGUUACUGAGUUGGUUAAUCCCCCUGAAGCACCUGGAAAUUUAUUAGUAGAUGUUGGUGAAUUGGGUCCAAUUAGUAACCAGUUAGGUGAAGAGGCUGUUUCUGCUGAAACAAGUAAAAGUAAAGAGCUAGAGUCCGAAGAAGAUCGAAGUCAAAGUCAAAGUCAAGGUCUUCGCAUUGACCAAAGAGUUGAAGCACUCUUUGAUGGGGUUCCCAGGAUUCCAGGCAGAGAGCUUGAGACUGUUGCUGAAGUGCUGCAGAUGACUUUUGCGAAUGGUGAGCUGCAGACGUGGGGAUAUUCUGAAGGUGAUUAUGAUAAUCUUGACAUAUCUACUCAACCUGAGCUUCCAUCUAAAGAAAUUAUUACACCAUCUGAAUCCGAAUUUGGAGAUUCUUGUGACUGGUUUUCAGGCAAGUGGUCAUGCAAAGGGGGUGACUGGAGAAGAAUGGAUGACAUUAAUCAAGAUAAUAAAUCUUUAAAAAAGAAAUUGGUUCUCAAUGAUGGAUAUGCUUUAUGCCAAAUGCCAAAAUCAGGUGAUGAAGAUCCACGUAGGCAUCAAAAAGAUGAGUUAUAUCAUUCUUCCCAUAACAAAAGACUCGAUCUUCCAUCAUGGGCUUUUAAUCCAACGGACGAGAUCACUUCCAAGAACUUAUCUAUAAGAGGUGGAGUGAAAGGCAUGAUGCUUCCAGUAAUCAGAAUAAACACAUGUGUUGUAAAAGACCAUGGAUCUUUUGUAUCUGAGCCUCGAAUCAAAUCUAGAGGAAAAGAAAGAUACCCUUCAACCUCAAGGCCUAGUCAUAGUCAUAGUCAUAGUCAUCAUUCAAAAAGAUCAUCAGAAGAAAGUGUUCCUCGCCGGAAAACCACUCACAACCACCACCAUAACCACCACCAUGAUGAUCUUUCCGGAAAGACGAUUAUGCCCCUCAACAUGCCGAAAGAUCAUCUUUAUACUAAAGACGACCUUCAGUUACCUCUUGGUGAUUGGUAUUAUCUUGAUGGGGCAGGUCAUGAACGGGGGCCAAUGGCGUUUUCGGAAAUUCAGACUUUGGUUGAUCAGGGUGUUGUUCAGGAGCAUAGUAGUGUUUUCAGGAAGCUUGAUAAGUUGUGGGUCCCGGUCAACUCGGUCAACUCUGGAAACGAAGGAUCAAGAAACGUUGAUGUUGAUGAUGAGAAUAAGUCCAAUUCAUUUCAUGAUUUGCAUCCUCAGUUUAUUGGUUAUACUCGAGGAAAGCUUCAUGAAUUGAUUAUGAAGUCUUACAAAAGUCGGGAGUUUGCUGCUGCCAUUAAUGAGGUUUUAGAUCCAUGGAUUAAUCUCAGACAACCCAGGAAAGAAAUAGAGAAAAACAUAGUCAUCAAUACCAAAUUCUCAAGAUCAGGUGAUGGAUUUGAUGGAGAUUAUGAAUUAGAAGAUGCAUCCAUAUUGGAAAAAGAUGAAUGUGGAUUUGAUGAUUUAUGUGGUGAUGCUACUUUCUGUGAAGAACCUGUGUUGAAGAAUGAGAAUUGGGGUCUACUUAGUGGACAAGUGUUGGCUCGAGUUUUUCAUUUCCUUAGAACUGAUAUAAAAUCCCUUGUUUAUGCAAAUUUGACAUGUAAGCACUGGAGAUCAGUUGUAAAAUUCUACAAGGGUAUCUCUAAACAAGCUGACUUGUCUUCUGUCUCAAAUUGCAUGGACUCUUCCUUCCACAAUAUAAUGAAUGGUUACAAUAAAGAGAAAAUCACUUCCUUAAUUCUACGCGGAUGCAAUAAAAUAACUCCAACAAUGCUUGAAGAAAUCUUGGGGAUGCUUCCGAGUUUAUCAACAGUAGACAUAAGAGGUUGCAAUCAAUUUGAAGAUUUGACCCGAAAAUUCCCGAAUAUUAUAUGGAUCAAAACGCGGGCCCCACAGUCAACACGGGUGACAGAAAGAACAUCUAUUUUCAGAACUUAUGACAGCAGGGAUAGUCAUGUGGAGGAUUCAAGUGGACUUAGGGAUUAUUUUGAAAGUCUGGAUAAAAGAGAUGCUUCAAAUCAGUUAUUCAGAAGAAGCUUAUACAAACGUUCAAAAGUAUUUGAUGCUAGAAAGUCAUCUUCAAUGUUAUCAAGAGAUGCACAGUUGAGGCGUUUGGCUAUGAAGAAAUCUGAAAAUGGGUAUAAGAGGAUGAAGGAGUUUCUUGCUUUGGGUUUGAAAGACAUCAUGAAGGAGAAUACAUUUGAAUUUUUCAUUCCAAAAGUUGCUGAAAUUGAAGGUAAAAUAAGGAAUGGGUAUUAUGCUGGCCGGGGGUUGAGCUCUGUGAAAGAUGAUAUUAGACGAAUGUGUAGGGAAGCGAUAAAAGCGAAAAACAGGGGAGAUGCAAAAGACAUGAAUCGAAUCAUCACAUUAUUUAUCCGGCUAGCAACAAGUUUAGAAGACCGGUCAAAAUUCUCCAUUGAAAAAGACUCUCUGAUGAAAAAUUGGAAAGACGACUCUUUCUCUCCUCCAGGCUUCUGUAGUUCCACUUCCUUCAAGUCAAAAAAAGUCAACAGAGAGAGAAAAUACACAUCAGAUCGUGAAAUCAAACGCCGCCUAUCCAAACUAAACCGCAAAUCACCAGAUUCCGCCACCGACACCUCCAACGACGGGUCCCGCUCCUCAGAAGAAACCGAAACCGACUCCGAAACCUCCUCAUCCAACACAAACUCCGACCCGGAAACCCGAUCCGAAUCCGGACCCGGACCCGAUUACAUCACCCAAGACGACGGGUUCGGGUUGGACCCAUGGGUUGAUGACCGCGAAUGGGGGGCCCGCAUGACAAAAGCCAGCCUUGUCCCUCCUGUGACCCGUAAAUACGAAGUGAUUGAUCAUUAUGUGAUUGUGACUGAUCAUGAAAAUGUUGAGAGAAAAAUGCAAGUCACUUUGCCUGAUGAUUAUUCUGAAAAGGUUAUUGCUCAGAAGAAUGGGACUGAGGAAUCUGACAUGGAUUUUCCGGAAGUUAAGGAUUAUAAACCCAGGAAGCAACUUGGAGAUGAAGUGAUUGAACAGGAAGUGUAUGGGAUUGAUCCGUAUACGCAUAAUCUGUUGUUGGAUUCCAUGCCUCAGGAUUCUGAUUGGCAUCUUUUGGAUAAACAUGUGUUCAUUGAAGAUGUGUUGUUGAGGACUUUGAAUAAGCAAGUUAGGGGGUUUACUGGGUCAGGGAAUACUCCUAUGAAGUAUUCGUUGAAGCUUGUUAUUGAGGAUAUUUUCAAAACUGCUAAAGAAGGACAUGAUUCAAGGAUAGCUGAACUUUGUCAGUAUAUGUUGAAGGCUAUGAGUAGUCGUCCGGAUGAUAAUUAUGUUGCUUAUAGAAAGGGGCUUGGUGUUGUUUGCAACAAAGAAACUGGUUUUACCGAGGAUGAUUUUGUUGUGGAGUUCUUGGGAGAGGUGUAUCCUGCAUGGAGAUGGUUUGAGAAGCAAGAUGGUGUUCGUGCUCUACAAAAAGACAGUAAAGAACCUGCACCUGAAUUCUACAACAUUUAUCUCGAGAGGCCAAAGGGGGAUGGCGAUGGUUAUGACUUGGUUGUGGUUGAUGCAAUGCAUAAAGCCAACUAUGCUAGCCGGAUAUGUCAUUCCUGUAGACCAAAUUGUGAAGCAAAAGUAACAGCUGUUGAUGGUCAGUACCAAAUCGGGAUAUAUAGUGUACGCCCUAUUGUGUAUGGAGAAGAAGUUACUUUUGACUACAACUCUGUCACUGAGAGUAAAGAAGAAUACGAAGCAUCUGUUUGCUUAUGUGGAAGCCAAGUUUGUCGAGGGAGCUUUCUGAAUCUAACAGGUGAAGGAGCUUUCCAAAAAGUACUUAAAGAAUGCCAUGGGAUACUAAAUAGGCAUCAGUUGAUGCUAGAAGCUUGUGAAGCGAAUUCAGUUUCAGAAGAAGAUUAUAUUGAAUUAAGUAAAGCUGGACUUGGUAGUUGUUUGCUUAGUGGGUUACCUGAUUGGCUAGUUGCAUAUGCUGCUCGUUUGGUAAGGUUUAUCCAUUUUGAAAGAACUAAGCUUCCGGAAGUGAUUUUAACUCAUAAUUUGGAAGAAAAGAGAAAAUACUUCACAGAUAUUUGCAUGGAUACCGAGAGAAACGAAGCUGAAAUUCAAGCUGAGGGUGUUUUCAAUCAAAGAAUUCAGAAUUUGGCUCUUACACUCGACAAGGUGAGAUAUGUGAUGAAGAAGGUUUUUGGGGAUCCAAAAGAAGCUCCACCAUUAGUGGAAAAACUGACUCCAAAAGAAGUAAUUUCAUUCAUCUGGAAAGGCGAAGGAUCAUUUGUUGAUGAACUUAUUCAAUCAAUUGCACCUCAUAUGGAAGAUGGACAUUUAACUGAACUUAGAUCCAGUAUUCGUUCUCAUGAUCCAUCUUCUUCUGAUGACAUCCAAACUGCACUUCGAAAAUCUUUAUUAUGGUUGCGUGACGAGGUCCGGAACCUUCCGUGUUCUUACAAAUGUCGCCAUGAUGCUGCUGCAGACUUGAUUCACAUUUAUGCUCACACAAAGUACUUCUUUAGAAUACGGGAGUACGAAACAGUAGUAUCACCACCCGUGUACAUUAGUCCUCUGGACCUGGGCCCGAAAGCAGCUGUAAAAGUGGGACCCGGAUUGCACGAAUACCGAAAAACAUACGGGAAAAACUACUGUCUCGGGCAGCUGAUUUUCUGGCAUAACCAAGCUUACGCAGAGCCAGAUUCUAACCUCAUAAGAGCUGCCCGGGGUUGCUUAUCCCUGCCCGAAAUUGGCUCCUUUUAUGCCAAACUCCAAAAACCCUCCCCACAACGUGUCUAUGGCCCACGAACUGUUAAAUCCAUGCUUUCUAGAAUGGAGAAGCAGCCGCAAAGGGCAUGGCCAAAGGACAAGAUUUGGUCUUUCAAAAGCUGCCCGAAGGUUUUGGGCAGCCCGAUGUUGGAUGCUUUAUUAAACAAGUCUCCAUUAGAUAAAGACUUGGUGCAUUGGUUGAAGCAUAGACCAGCUAUUUACCAGGCCAUGUGGGACCGAUGAUGGAUGAUAGAUAAACAGACAAACAGACAGACAGACUUUUAACUUGAAAAGGAAAAAGAAAAAGGAAAAGAAAAAGAAAAAUCCAGCCCUAGAUUUGUUGCACUGCCCGACCUGACCCGACCCAACCCAACCCGGGCAGAAACAUUCAAAGAAGCAUUAUGGGAAUAUCGGGCGGCUUCUUCUAUUCUUGUGUACAGUUUCCCCUUUUGCCUUUGUAGGUCUUGUAAUUUGUAAUUCAUUAUUGGGUAGGUGAAGAAGCGAAAGUAAUUUUUUUUUGGGUUUUUGGUUAUUUACCUCAUUAUAUGAGAGAAGUAGAAAAGGGAAGGUCAAGAUGAAGAAGAUAUAUUUGGCUACUGCUUUUGUUGUCAUAUUUUUUUAGGUUUUUAUUACUGGUUUUUUUUUUUUUUUGUUGAUUCCCAUAGUUUAUGACUUUCCUAGUUUUUUUUUUUUCUUCUUUCUUUCUUGUUUGU